AUAUUAUGUAGAGGACAUAAUCAAAUGUUUCUAUUCUUAAUGCAUGGUUUAAUUUAGAGAAGGCUUUGAUUGAUGCUUAAGUGCCUGAAAACGAGCAGGUUGCAAUAAUUUCAAGGCCACCUACAUCAAAGAUGAUGAGAGAUUAUUCAAAUUAUCACUCAGUAUGAGAAUGGUUUGAACUUUAGCAACAAAGAGCUUAAUCAUUAAGACCUUUGACUGGACUGACAAGACCUUCAACUGCAAUAACAAUGAAGAAGCCUGUUGAAUAUUAAGAUAAAACAGCAACUAUUUAAUAAUCUCAAAGAAAGAUGUUCAGAAAAAAAGUGAACCAAAGACCCUAUAAAAAGUAUGGUUUUGAUAACAUUCACAUUCAAAAGUAAUAUUGAGUAUAAUUAUAGGGAAGAAUAGGAAGGUGAUAUGUCAGAAGAGGAACUGAAUUCAUCAAAAGUUAUACACACUUUAGAUGUAGAUUAAAUAAUAGAUUUAUACAAUAGUAAGUGUAAAGAUCGAGAACUUGAAUAUUAACCAGAACAUGCUGUUCUAUUUAUCGAAAAGUUCAAGAAAUUAUGCAUAGAUGAACAAUUCAUUUGUGAAGACAAUUAAUUAGGUUUGGAGAGUGCCAAAACAAUCAGAGACAUCCUGCUCUAUAACAAUCAUUUCUCAACCUUGAGAUUAGCAAGGAAUUCAAUUGGAGAUGAAGGUCUUGUUGAGUUGCUUGAGAUGCUGAAAGUCAAUAACAAUAUUGUUCAUUUAGAUUUAUCAAGUAACAAUUUAACAGCAGAUGGCGCUUUUUAUUUAUUUAAUGAAUUAGUCCCUUUACAUUCUAUAAUCUCUAUUGAAUUAUCAAGUAAAGACGGUUUGAAUAGAAACAAAGUAUCUGUCAAAGGAUGUGAACCAAUUGAAACUAUUUUAAAAUACAAUCACCCUCUUCAAUUUCUAGGUUUGAGAGGUACUUCAAUUUAGAAUGCCGGUUUUGAAUGUAUUCUAUCUGGAUUGUAAACAAACAAUACAUUAACUUAUUUAAAUGUUUCUAAUAAUGAUCUAAAUGAGGAGGCUUGCAAUUAUAUGGUUUAAUAUAUUUCAGUUUGUAACCUCGUUGAAUUGGAUUUAAGUUACAAUCCUUUGGGUAAUAUUGGUAUGGACUAUUUGUCAAGGAUAUUUGAUAAGGGUAGUUUUAUGUUAAAAAAAUUAAAUUUGGCAGGAUGUGAAAUUAAAUCAUUAGGCAUUUUGAAAUUUUUUCAAAGUUUAUCUGCAAAUCGAUUUUUGGAAAAGUUGAUUUUAGAUGAAAAUCACUUUUCUGGAAAUGGAUUCAAUGAAAUUGAAAAUGUAUUAACAUCCAGAAUCCCAUUAGCCUAUUUAUCCAUGGCUAAAUGUAGUAUUAAUGCAACAGGAGCAGAGUUCAUAGGCAAUGGGGUAGAAAGAAAUAGAACACUUAAAACACUCAUAUUAAGGGAUAAUAGAUUGACUGAUGUAGGGGCUGAAUGUAUAUUUAAAGGACUAUUUUUUGAGAAAUUAGAUUUGAAGAGAUGCAAUCUUACUGAUAAAUGUGUACUGGGUUUGUGCAGUAUGAUUAAGCAAAGUGCUUAAUUAACAACACUGUUGUUACCUGAUAAUGGGUUUCAUGAUUCCUCGGGAAUUGUAAUAUGUGAAGCUAUUAGAGUAAAUUCAUCAAUGUAAAUAUUAUGGAAUACUUAGAUUAAAUUUAGAUAUUUGUGAAAACCCUUUGAGUUAUAAAUACAUUGAUUAAAUUAAUAAGGUUAUAGAAACCAAUAGAUUGAAAUAUGAACUUGAUAGAGUUCCUAUGUAUAAAAGAGAGAUUGUUAAACUUAAUAACAUUAUCCAAUAGAAACCAACCUUGGAAAAAGAUUAAAAUGAAAAUUAACAAAAAAAAGCAAGAUCUCUUUAAACAUUAGAAAAAACGAUUGAAGAGAAAAACAGAGUCAAAAUUGAAUAAAUUUAAAAGACUACUGACAUGGAUGCUAGAUUAUUAUAAAUAUAAUAAUAAUCAAGGUAAAUGGAUAUUGACAAAAUUAAAUUUGAUAAUGAAUCCAAUAUGUAUUUGAUUAAGAUGGAUGAUGAGAUGAAUGAAUAUCAGAAGAAAAUGUCUGAAUGUCAUUAAGUAAUUACUCGUUUAGAAAAAGAAAUAAGGGGUUUAAAGGAUUAAAAACAUGUUCGGAAAGGCCAAAGCGACUCUAGAUUGGAAAUGCUAAGACAAUUAAACAGAGUAGAGGAAAGAGCACUCUAAAGAGCAGAAAUUGAGAAGAAACAAUUAGAAGAAAGGAUAAAGUCCAUGCAAGGCAAGGAAUCCAUUACUAGUAGAAGGAAAACUAAGUAAUUGUCUUAAAUUAUUUAAUAAAAAUAAUGAAUAAAAAAUAUACAUCUUCCAACUUAAAUCCAAAGGUCUUAGAUGAUAGAGACGAAAUUAAUUUUGGAACUUCUCUUAUUGAUGCGAUUUUUGAUAAGAAUCUUUUUUAAUAUCUAACAUCCUUUCUUGAUACUGUGAGUUUGAUUAAUUUUUAGCUAUCAUCAAAGGUGUUUAAGAUCAGACAUUGGAAGAUUUACUUUAAGAAGGCUAUAUUUGGAAGAGUGUGCAAAACAUUGGAUCAUAGAUUAAUCUCUUAAUUCAUCAUCGAUCAAAGGUGUACAUAAUUUAUUUUCUGGGAUUCGGUUAUUGAUUUUAAAAGGUUAAACUUAUAAUAUUCUCAACAAUAUAAGCAUUACUCAUGUCAACAAUCAGUUGAAGCAACGAAUAUAUAAAAAGAUAUUGAUCGAACCUUCUAAUAACAUUAGUACUUUAAACAAAUUCAUAAUCGAUAAAGAUUGCAAAGAAUUCUUAUUGCCUUAGCUAAAAUAUAAGAACAGAUUGGCUAUAUUUAAGGAUUCAAUUAAAUUGCAGGUUGUUUCCUAAUUAAUGGUCUAAAUGAGCAACAAACCUUUUGGAUUAUGUAUUAUAUUUUAAAGAAAAUGAAAUAUUCAACAAUUUUCUAGGAUUAAUUUAAUGAACUUAAAUUUUUGAAUUUUACUGUUGCAGUUUUCGUAAGGAAUUAUGCUCCAUUUCUAUCUAAUGAAUUUGUAAAUCUUUUUAAUUAUUUAGUUAUAAAACAAAAUAGACGUUGGAAUCAUAACAACUAAAUGGUUUUUAGUGAUCUUUGGCUAUGAUUUACCUCAGUCAUUAGUAAUUAUAUGCAAAUAAUUCUAGUUAAUUUAAGUUUGGAAUAUGUUCUUGUUAAAAGGGAUUAAAAUAUUAAUACGAUUCUCAGUAGCUAUUUUUAAAUUAGUUUCUGAGUUUGAAGGAAUUGAUGAUUUAUAUGAAUUACUCAAAGAAAAUCUAUUUGAUCUCUUAGAUACUAAUGUUUAAUUGUAAAAGAAAUUAAUUGAAUAUUUCUUAACCAUCAAAAUAACCAAUCGUUUAAUAGAAGAAUUAAGAUAUAAAUUUGAGACUGGAGAUGAAUCCCUAACUCUCUCAUUUGAUUAUGUCUAAAAAAAACAUUAUUGGAGAAAAGGUGGUGAUAGUGCUCGAAGUUUAAUUAGCUCCUUUAAUGAGAUAAUAAGUGAAAUAUAAGAUGAGAAAGAUGCAUGCUUUUAGCGAUCUUAAUUGCUCAUGAAUGCUUUUUUUCCUAAGUUGAUAAAUAAAAAUUAUUUAGAAACCUCAGAAGGUAAAAAGAACUUAUCUAUUAAAAUUGAAAAAAAACCUUAGCUGAUCAAAGGAUAAAUUAUAUCUUAACAAUUUAAUUUAUCCAUCCCAUAAUCUGCCAAUGGAGAUUAAGUAAUAAUUUUCAAUAAUUAGGAAUCUAACAUAUAUGCAGAUGAACUCUAAAGUAGAAUGAGUCCAAAAGAAGAUGAAUCUAUAGAACUUGAAUGCACUCCAGAAAAGAUAUUCAAAUUUUCUAAUAAAAAAAGAUGA